AGUUUAGUAUUUGAUGGCAAGACUACACCAAUUGAUAAUGCGCUUGUAGAUGCUAAAAUUAUUAAAGUUGUAAAUAUAGAAUGCGUGAGAAACAAAAGUGCUGAUUUGGUACUGGUGCUGGAUGGUUCGGGAUCAAUUGGUGAUGAGGCCUUUCAAAUGCUCCUUGACUUCGCAGUUCAUAUAGUCCGUAGGAUAAAUAUAACUGAACAUGGUAGCCGAAUGGGUAUUGUACAGUAUGCCGAGAAUCCUAAACUCGAGAUUGCUCUGAAUCAGUUCAGUCAUCCAAACCAGAUGGAGUGGGCUAUUCGGAGAAUAAAGUACCUCUCAGGUGCUACAAAUACUGGAAGUGCACUCGAAUUUAUUUUACAACAAGGUUUUAAGGGUGCAAGAGGAAAAGAUAUUCCAAAAGUAGCAAUUGUAGUGACCGAUGGUCAAUCUCAGGACAGUGUUUCAGAAGCUGCGCAACAGCUGAGAGAUGCACAUGUGAUGAUGUAUGCUGUAGGUGUUACUAAUUUGAUCAACGUUCACCAAUUACAUCAGAUAGCUGGUAAUCCAGCAAGGGUAUUUACAGUAGAAUCCUUCGAGGAAUUGAGCAAGAACCUUGCUGAUUUGCUUACUUGGGAUAUGUGUAAAACUGAAUUCAGGCCUGGCACACCUGACAUUAUUUGCGGUUCUGAUCGGAUUGGAGUUCGAGCAUCGACUAAGAAUCCCUUCGAUGGAUACGUUUUCGUGAUGGACCAUUUUCAUAAGAAGGAAUGCCGAGCUGGUCCUGAGAAAUUUCCUGAUUCUCGAAGUAUUGGCAUCACUGUCCCUUUCACAGAAUGUAAUGUACACCGAUAUCGUUCAUUAAAUCCACGAGGUAUUUUUGUUGAAAUGACUGUAGUGUUCAUGUUUCAUGCACUAUUUAUGACAAAAGUUGAUCAAAUGGUAAAAGUUCAGUGUUUCUAUAUGGAGGCUGAUAAAACCGUUUCUGUACCGCUGGAAGUGAGUAUGAUUACUACACAUUUCCGUGAAAAAGCAUACGAAAUGCCACGAUGUGAAUAUACGUUGAGACGUGGAUCACCGAAUGGACCAAUGGUAGAGUACGUACAAUUAGGUGAAAGUAUUUACCAUCGUUGGGAGUGUCUUGAUCAAACAAAUUUGUUUGGAAUGCUUGUACAUUCUUGCUACGUUGAUAAUGGUUUCGGCGAUCGAGUUGACAUUUUGGAUGAUGCUGGAUGUGGAAUUGAUUCAGUACUACUGCCAACACCAGAUUAUGAUACGACCUUACCACUUGCAACAAAAUCAUAUCACGUUUUUAAGUAUGCUGAUAGACCUGUAUUACAGUUUCAGUGCCAGAUUACACUUUGCCUCAAAUAUGAUGCAGGUUGUGUAGGAAUCACACCACCAAACUGUCCUGAAUUAGCUAGCAAUCAGAUUAAUAAUCAUAACGUUGAAUAUGAGCGUAGUCAACACAAACGAAAACACGAGCAGCAGAUCCGUUCUAUUCGAUCCCUUCUCGAGCCUACCACUUUUGAUGUUUUCACACCUCGAAUACAUAUUACUCCACAAAUACUUCAAUGUCAAAAUCCAAGUACUCAGACUUCAGUUUCUUAUAUUUUGGGGUUAGUUGUUAUUAGUAUCGUUAAUAUUACUAUACUCAUUGUUUUAAUUGCGAUUUAUCUAAGACAUAGUGCUAAUAAUGACAAAAAGAUAAAUGCAAAAAGAAAAUUCUUAUCGUGA